UUGUACUCAGCCAGAGGAUACUAUAUAGAGACAAUUAAAAAGAGAGACACAAGAACUCCCGCAAACCAGAAGGAAAAAAAGACUUGAAUAGAGCAUGUUUGGCGACUGAGGCACCGCUGGGAAAGUUCGGAUUUUCUGCAAAGAGUAGAAAUCCUACUCUGGUUGGAACCUUGAGGAUCUGAAUGAAGUGAGAAAAGUCAAGGACAAUUUGUGGGAAAAGGACAAAGGACUAAGGAAUUGAUCUCCCCCCAGCUAGUUUUCUUGGAUUUCCCCCAGCCCUCCUGAGCUGAGAGUACAGGGGGGGAAGAACCACGUCGACCGCAGGGAUGAAAUACAGCUACCAGCUACCGGUGUCCUCGUACACCUCGCGAUACAGUCAAUGCACACCAGCGACAUACACACCAACACACUACACCCCUACCAAUUACAAACCAACACACUACACCCCCACCAAUUACACCCCAACACACUACACCUCCACCAAUUACACGCCAACACAUUACACAUCGACCAAUUACACACCGGCCCACUAUACAUCGACCAAAUACUCACCCAGCUCAUAUACCCCAAGUCACUACACCCCAACACACAACACUGUAUCCCUUUACACCACCCCGAAUAAAACCAGUUCGAGUUACACCCCUUCGUACAGCAAGGGAUCCCGGUACAGUGCUGCUACGCGAUGCACAGCUCACAAACCUGCACCGCAGAACCCUGCACCGCUGCCACUAAAGCCCGUCCGGGCUGUACACUUCUCCAAUGACAUUAUCUUCCAGGACAUUGUCCGACAUGGAGAGAUAGAGCAGAUCGGACGCUUCAUGAGAGCGAGGAAAGUACGCCUGGAUACGUUCUUCCCAUCUGGUAUGGCAGCGCUCCAUGAGGCUGUCCUCACAGGGAACCUGGAGUGUGUUAAGCUGCUGGUGAGAUACGGAGCUGAUGUCCACCAGAGAGAUGAGGACGGAUGGACCCCGCUACAUAUGGCCUGCAGCGACGGCUUCCCAGAAAUAGCCAGCUACCUGCUCUCUCUGGGUGCCAGCACUGAGGCAGAGAAUGAGAAUGGGGAGAAGCCGGGAGACCUUAUUGACCCAGAUUGUAAAGAGCUGGUCAAGCUAUUCCAGACAGGUUGUGUGUAACCUACUGGCAACCGACAGUACAGGAAAUAAAGGAGCUUGAUGUGGACACAUGGACACACAGCUCUGGUCUCGACACUGGAAUGGAAAAGACCAGCCAGAAAGAUGGAGAAAGACUGCAGGGACCAGGUCACUUUUCCUGCUACCGAGCACUUACUCAUUUUAUAAUAGUGACACACAAUGCUUUUUGGAAAGGUUUUGCAUUAAAUCGGACUAAGCUUUGUAUAGGUCUUUUUUUUCUUUUGCAUUAUUUGCUCAUAAAAUAUGUACUUAUUUGGUGCUUGUCCUACCAUGCAAAAAUAUUUUUGACCUUUUAGUUGUUCCAGUAUCUUAGACUGGUCAUAGCCCUUCAUCAGCAGCAUUACGUUUUCCAGAUAAUGGGUGCAUUUUAAUUUAGAUUACUGAACAAGAAAAAGUCCCCCCUUCAUCUUUUGAGAACUAAAGAUAAUGAUAGAGAAGAGACUUCUUUUAACUCACUGCUUCCAAAGGACUGUCUGUACUUCAGAUUGUAUUUGGCAUUGCUCUCCGAUUUUUGCUUGUAUGUUUGUGCAGUCGAAAGUUGUGUGUAUCCUCUCUGCUGGGCAGAGAGGGGCUUAACAACUAGUAAUAUCAAAAAUUGCAUUUGAUUUGGUAGGACAUAAAUCAUUCAAAAAUAGCUAGCAUGCCACAAAACACUGCUGCCACUGUAUUGCCAUUUUUCCAGUCAUGCUUUGCUGUCGUGUUUUUCUGAAAUGGUUUACAGUGUUGCUAAGUGUAAGUGGGAAUCUGCGGCUUUCCGUUCAUCUAAUGAAUGUCACCAAAUUAAAGUCUUAUUCUUAUUUUUUUAAGUAAAUAUUUUCAUAAAUAAAGAUUGUUCCAAAAUUCCUGAUA